AUGCCGGACUCCAACGAAGGCGAGCAGGCGGUAGCUGGCUCCGGCGAGCAAGAGCGAGCUCUAGCGGACUCCACCAACGGCGGGCGGCCCCUGUUGCGCUCCCUGGAUUAUCCCUGCACGGCGCGCCUCCGUCUCCGCCGUCUCGUCGCCUACCACUGGCGGUACAGCGACUGGGAGAUCUACGAUGCAAUGAAUUGGUCCAAUAUCAAUAUGAACAUGAUAGAUAGUAGGUUAAAUUCAGUGGAAUGUUUCCAUACUUUUAUUACUGUAUCUGUUCUUACUAUGUAUAUUUUGUUGAUGCAGCAUACUUCAUUGAGUCCUGACAGAAAGGUGGUUGUUAUUGUGGGGGAUGACCCUGAUGGUUUACUUAUCGAUGCCAGCUCCGGAAAGACUCUUCAUUCCAUAAAAGGUCAUCGGGACUACUCAUUUGCAUCGGCUUGGAGCCCUGAUGGGCGAACGUUUGCUACUGGUAACCAAGACAAGACAUGCCGGAUCUGGGACACGAGGAACCUCUCCAAAGCCGUCCAUGUUUUGAGGGGUAACCUAGGAGCCAUCCGGUCUAUCUGCUUCACCUCGGAUGGGCAGUUCAUGUCGAUGGCGGAACCAGCCGACUUUGUCCACAUCUACGACGUGAAGAGCGACUACAACAGAAGGCAAGAGCUGGACUUCUUUGGCGAGAUAUCCGGCAUGUCCUUCAGCCCCGACACCGGCAUGCUUUUCGUCGGGGUCUGGGACAGGGUGUACGGCAGCCUGCUUCAGUUCGGCCGCUUGUACAACUACUCGUACCUUGACUCCCUGUUUUGACGUGGGAACCAACCAAACGGGUGUUGGGGUCUGAUGUGUACCGCAGCUGCGCUGGUUGCUGUCAGCAUAAAGUUCAGGUGGUUAUCCUUAAAUCGGAACUCUAAGUUGACCUGAUAAUUGAAUUAAUAAAUGUUGUACCAUGCUCGAUGUGUAUAUAUAAAAAAAAUGUACAGCAGAUAACUAUAUAGGUAGCCUUGAUGAGGAUGUGGUGCGGCCGUGCAGGUCAUAUGUUAGAUUCCGAUGAACCGAGUCCUGAGGGUGUGCAGCGGUUGGAGCUGUGCUCUGCCCUCGUUGCCUCGCUCUUGAGGUGCCCGAGUGAAGAAAUGAAUUUGUGAAACAUGUAUGUA